AGGAGGCGGGGUGCGAUGCCGACUGCCCGCCCUGCCGCGGCCGCCGCACGUUGCUCUCGCUGGGCUGACAGACGUCAGGUGCCCGCCGAUCUCCGUCCGCCGGCCCACAGGCUCCUCCCUCCGGCCCUGCAGUCAGACGGAGCCAGGCGCCGCCGUCCGCUCCGCUCCGGCCCAGUCCAGCGCCGUGUCGGCGGGCAGCAGGCCCGUCCCCGCCGCCAUGCUCCGGCGGAUCCUGCAGAGGACAUCCCUUGCUUCUACUGGUUCUGACCCAGAUACCUCAGUAACGGCAGCACCCACUGUAGAAGUCAACAAUGAAGGUGGUUCUGAGGGGUUCAUCUGUCCCAUCUGUAUGCAAUCGUAUCUAACGCCAACUGAGCUGUUUGAGCAUGACCGGAACGAGCACACAGUGGCAGACAGGGCGAAGCAGGAGCAACUUAAUCCAGAAACGGCCAUUAGUGGUUUUAUUUGCCCGCUGUGUAUGAAGUCCCAUGCUUCAGCUGAGGAUCUCUUCAAACACUACGAGGUGUUUCACGAUCCAGGGAAUGAUUCUGGUCCCAGGGAGGAACAAACAAGUUUACGAAGGUUUGUUUAUUUACGAGAUGACGUCGCGCUCCAUCAGCAAGAGCUACAAGACCUUCAGGCCUCCUUAAAGGAAGAGCGCUGGUUCUCUGGGGAGUUGAAGAAAGAACUGGACAAAGUGCAAGGACAACUGAAGCAAGCAUCUCAGUCUGCUGGAGUAAUGUCUCCUAUUCCCCAAGAGGUUGCACACCUGCAGAGCCAAUUAGAAGACUCCCAGGUAGAAAACAUGAAACUCACACAGAUGAAAGACUUGCUCGAGCAGAAAGCUGCCACGUUAGCAGCAGAAUUAGUUGAUAUUAAAGCAAAAUUUGAUGAUGAAAAAAGCCACAGGGACCUUGCAGAAAUGAACCUGAAAUCUUUAACAGAAGAGCUGGAAAAGGAGAGGGUUGUGGCUGAAGAGCUCCGAAGCGAACUGCUUCAGCGGCCCGGAAUAGAGGACGUGUUGGUUCUGAAGAAGGAACUGGUACAAGUUCAGACUCUCAUGGAUCAGAUGAGCCAGGAACAGGAGAAGCGGUCAGAUAAACUGAAAGAUGAAAACGAGCGGCUGAAGGUGGAGUUUGGAGCAGCGGAGGUCUCUGUGGUUCAGUUGAAGGCGGAGCUUGCCAAAAUUCUUCAGGAAAAUUCCAGCCGUUGUGAGGAGAUUCAGAGGAUCCAGAAGGAGUGCGAAGUAAUGAAGCAGCAAAACCAGAAACUCUCUGAAAAUCUAUCCAAGAAAGAAGCUGGAUUUCAAGAACUGCAGGAUCGACUGAAUGAUGAGGCACUGAGUAAGAAGAGUUUGCAGACAUUGCUGCAAGAGAAGGAGCUGGAUUGCAAGCAGCUGCAGGUGAAGCUGUCGUCUGCCGAGGUCUUGAUGCAGAGAGCACACGCUGAACUGGGUCAGACUGGGGAGACUGGCCAGAAGCUGAAGGCAGAGCUAUCAGAGAUGGAAACCAAGUACCACCAACUCCGGGCUGAGUUCAAGCAGACACAGCAGCAGAAAGAGGAGAAGGAGCAGCAGGGUGCCCAGCUGCAGAGUGAGAUCAAUCAGCUCCACGCAAAGCUUCUGGAGACGGAACGGCAGCUUGGGGAGGUGCAGGGCCGGUUGAAAGAACAGAGGCAGCUGUCUGGUGAGAAGUUGAAGGACAAGGAACAGCAAGUGGCUGACCUGCAGCUCAAACUCUCUCGCAGUGAGGAGCAGGUGAAGGAAAGUGCGGCUACCUUGACGGAAGUACAACAUCAGCUGGACAAACUGAAACAACAGCACCAGGAGCUGCAGACCAGCCAGCAGAACACCACUUCCCAGUUGCGGGAAACACAGAAUGAUCUGGAGCAAGUGCUGCGGCAGAUCGGGGAUAAAGACCAGAAGAUCCAGAAUCUGGAGGCUCUGCUGCAGAAGAGCAAGGACAGCAUCGUGCAUCUUGAAACCGAGCGGGAGGACCUUUUCAUUAAAAUCCAAGAUGGCAAAGGCGAGGUGGCCGUCUUGAAUCAACUGCAAGAGAAGAACCAUGCUUUGCAAGAUCAGGUCGCUCAGUUAACAGAGAAGCUGAAAAAUCAAACGGAGAGCCAUAACCAAGCACAGGAGAACCUGCACAAGCAAAUGCAAGAGCAGAAAUCCCACCUGCGUGCUGCUGAAGAUCGUGCUCAAUCUCUCGAGUCGACCAUUAGUGAACUUACCAGCCAGCUUAGUGAGACCAAGGAGAAGAUGGUCCAACUUGACUUGCAGGUGAAAGGGAAAACGGAGCUGCUUCUGUCUGCUGAAGCAUCCAAGACUGCACAGCGAGCCGACCUGGAAAACCACCUGGAGACUGCCAAGCACGCCCUGCAGGAUAAAGAGCAGGAGCUGGCCAAGGUCAAAGCUCAGCUGGAUCAGUUUACAUCAAAACUUAAUGAGAAAACAGAGUACUGCAGUCAACUGGACACCAACCUGAGAGAAUACAAGGAGAAACAGCUCUACUCUGAGCAGAAAAUAGAGCAGCUGGAAUCUCAGAUUAAGAAGCUGGAGUCUGACGUUGUGAAGGCAGAGCAGAGUGAGAAACGAGCCCAAGAAAACCAUCAGCAGCUCCACAGAGAGCACUCUGCUCGGGAGAGCCAAAUCAAAGAUCUAAACCUGCAGCUCGAGGCAGAGAAGAAAGUUCUUUGUGGUGUAAAGCAGGAACUGGAGGAGAAAUCGGAGGCCCUGGACAAGAUUAGGAAGCAAAUGCUGGAGUGUGAGAGUGAGAAGGAGCAGUUGGCAGAGGACCUGAAGCACAAGGCCGAGAGCGAGAGCGGGGCGCAAGGGCAGCUGACGGCACUCGGACUGGAGAAGGCAGCUUUAUCCAAGGAGCUGACGGACACCAAGCAAAGUCUCUCCAAGGCUCUUGAGGAAGCGCGAGCAGAAUUGGAGAAGCAUCGGCAUCUGAUGAAAACUGCUGCUGACGACAAGGAAAGAUUGCACGAGCAAGUCAAGCAAGAGCUGCGGAAGAAGGUUGAGACCGCGACCAACGAGGUGAAUGAGCUGAAGACCUUGGUGCAGCAGAAAGAAGAGCAGCUGAAGGCAAGCGCUGACGGAUUGGCCGCCCAAAUCUCCAGGCUGCAGGAGCAGCUGAGCGAGAGGCAGAGAGCCGAGCAGCAUCUGCAGGCAAAGCUGAAGGAGUCCUUGGAAUCUCGGGAGCAGCAGAAACAGCAGCACGAGGCCCAGCUGAAGGACGUGAAGACGGAGCUCUCCCAGAAGGUCGACGCAUUACCCAAACUGCAGCAGGAGGUGGCAGCACUGAGUGAGCAGCUGGCUGCCAAUAAAGGGACCCUAUCCGCGCUGCAGAAGGAAUACGAAGCUUCCCAAACCAACCUGGCAAGGCUGCAGUCGGAUAUGUACGGAAAGGAGUCUGAGCUGUCUUCGACCAGACACGACCUGAAGGCCAAGGAGGAGAAGCUGAUGCUGGCUGAGGAAGAGCUGAUGAGCAGCAGGAAUCAGGCGAGCAGCAGUCAGCAGAUGGUGCAGCAGCUGAGCCAAGCCCAGGCCUCACUGGAGACUGCCCUGGCCAACAGCCGCACAGAAGGCAAGGAGACGAAGGCUCAGCUGCUGCAGGUGGAGAAAGAAAAGGCCUUAAAAGAAGAGGAACUAGCAAAAGAAAAACUCCAAGUCGAAGAGCUUCAAGGGGCGAGGACGUCACUAGAGCAGCAACUGAACAAACUGACAGAGGAGACACGGACCUGCAAGCAAAACUACGAGAAGGAGUUGACGGGGCUGAGAGAGGCCAAGCAGCUGCUGAUCCAGCAGAAGCUGGAGCUGCAGGCCAACACAGACAGCGCCAGGUUGAUGCUGGAGCAGGAGAAGAGCGACCACCAACUCACCAAGGCCAAGGUCGACGAGGCUCGGGAGGACCUGAAGAAACAGCGCACGGAGUUGGAAGCCAAACUGCAACAGGAGCUGAAGGAGAAGGACGGGCAGUGCAAGAAGCACGAAGAGGCCGAGCUGAAGCUCAACAUGCAGAUCACCACGCUGAAUGAAAACCUGGCCACGCUGAAGAAGGAGUGGCAGAGCAGCCAGCGGCGGGUGGGCGAGCUGGAGAAACAGACCGACGACCUCCGCGGGGAGAUCGCCGUGUUGGAAGCCACCGUGCAGCACAACCAGGAGGAGAGGAGAGCCCUGCUGGAAAGGUGCCUCACGAGCGAGGGAGAAAUGGAGAAGCUCCAGGGGAAGGUGAUGGACCUGAGGCGGAAGCUGGAUGACACGACGGCUGCUAUGCAGGAGCUGGGGAGAGAGAAUCAGGCACUCCAGAUUAAACACACACAAGCACUGAAUAGGAAGUGGACUGAAGAUACCGAUGUGAUGAACUGUAUGUCCUGUGGAAGGGGCUUCUCCGUCACUGUACGAAAGCACCACUGUAGAAACUGCGGGAACAUUUUCUGUGCUGACUGUUCUGCCAGGAAUGCCUUAACCCCCUCCUCAAAGAAGCCUGUUCGAGUCUGUGACACGUGUUACAACGAACUGCAGGGAUGAGUUGUCCUGAGACGGCGAGUUCUACACCUCCUCCCCCUGUAUUUACACACGCUUUGUAUUUUUAAUGAGGGAUGUAUAUUGAAGGUGUGAUAAAUCCUGGCUACGGCAGGUCAUUGCUAUCAUUUGGGAGUCUUCUGCACUGCUGGUUCUUGGUUUACUUUGACAGCAUGAGCACAUGGAAUUGAUAAAAUUAGGUGGCAUUGAGGGGGUCUACAGCUGUUAUAUAUCCUCCCCGAUCUAACAGGUGGAAACCUGGUCUGAUCUGUAAUGGGCAGUUGUUCUCCAGAGUUGGAAGUCCUUUAAUCCAAUCACUGGAGCAGAGACCAUGAACAGACAUGACUGUAAACAUACUGGGAUUCUUCAUUGCACUGAGCGAUCUGAUGUAAAACCAUUUUAAAAACUAGGGCCACCUUGUAAAGUUUUGGGCAAAGAACAUACUUUGGUUCUGUGCUCCAUGGCUCCCCUUUGGAAGCUGAGCAAUGAGGAGAAAUCCUAGUCUGCUCUCUUGUGCAGAGGCUUUGUUCAGCUGAUGUCUAGCAAAUGUUAACUGUUCACCUAUGGAUCUGUUAUAGAGUGAUUAGAGCUGGUUGUUUGCUUGGUUUUUCUGUACAACUGAUGUCAACUGGUUUUGAAUAGUUCCUAUUCUCUUUUGUCACAACCUUUCUCUUAUUGUUCUAUAAGUAGUCCAUUGACUGAGUGAGGGGAAUGGUGCCUAUUUCAUUUCUGUUGGUCACUGUGCCCCUCCCUGCCUCAGGACAGAUUGUAGGUGAAUGUUUGCAGAUCCAUCUCCAGUGUCACUUCACUGGGGCUGGGGUUGGCUUUUUGGUGCCUCCGACUCACCUUGUGUCUGUGGCUAAACGGAAGCAGCCACUGUAUUCAGCUUGCUCGUCUUCACAGAGCCCAUCACUGAUUUGCAGUGGCCAUGCACAGGAGGAGCCUGCUGCUCCAGAAUCUCCCCUCCCUCCACUGUAAUUCCCUUCCUCAUAGCGCUGUCACCUGUACGAGUCCAGCACCUUGCCUGUGUUGUACAGCCUCUUAUGUUACAGUAUUAAACUCGGCCUGAAAUUGAAGGUGUGGUGCUUUCUCUGGGCUUUUCUCCUGAGAUCGAUGCAAGAGCCAAUACUGAAUAUUUAAAAACAUUAUCCAGAUGCUGCUUGCUUUAUAUUUUCCUUACUUCAGUCAUAGUUACUUAAUUAUUUCUGUUUCAUGUACAAACCCCACUACCCUCAAUGCCAACCAAUUAAAAGGGGAUUGUUUUAAUGGGACUUGAUCAGUGACUUGCCAAAAGAAAUCUCUGCUAAAUCCACAAGACCCUGCCACAGGAGUAGUGUCAUGUUGCUGUACACAAACAUUGCACCCACUCUGGAUCAGUUAUCCAUCUCCUCUAUUACAAAACUCUUCUGUUAAUAGUGGAGUAAUCUUGAGAGAAGUAUGAUCACACUGACACUGGAUGGUGAAAAGCAAGGAGCUGAUGUGCUCAGUUCUGAUGCCUGCAUGAAAUGCCUGUAACAGAAACUAGUAGCUUUCAGGCUUAUUGUUUUAAACAAAGUGAUGUGAAUAAUAGGCAAUUGUGUACAAAAAUUGUAUUAACUUCAGUACUAUCAUGUGAACUUGUGUAUAGAUAAUUCAAAGCUUUAAUUCUCACUACUGGAUGAAGAUCAUGUAAUCUGUUUAUAGUAAAAAUGGUGCCACUUCACAAUUAAAUUUAUUGUUUAGUAAA